AUGACUGUAAAGCGCAUUCAUAGGGAAGUCGCAGAUGCCAAGAAGGAGGACCUAGGCUCCAUCACCCUCGCACCCUCCACCGACAACCUCUUUCGCUGGACAGGUACCAUACCUGGACCCCAAGGGAGUCCGUAUGAAGGCGGCGUAUACAAUAUUAAUAUUCAGCUGGCGAACGACUAUCCUUUCUCAGCGCCAAAGGUCACCUUUGUAACCCGGAUAUAUCACAUGAAUAUAUCGGACAAGGGCAACAUAUGCAUUGAUAUUCUCAAACAGAACUGGUCACCUGCGUUGUCGCUCUUCAAGGUCAUGCUCUCACUCUCAUCCCUCCUUACCGACCCAAAUCCGCGUAAGUACUAUUUUCAAUCUCGAUCCUUUCAUUUUCCCUCGAUCGCAACCGAAUAUCUCCGGAAUCGCGUGCAGCACGACCGCACAGCCCGGAGGUGGACAGAGCUGUAUGCCCGAUCACCUGCAUCUGUGCCUGCACCGUCACCCAUUGCAUCCACAUCUACGUCCUCUACCCGUGUCCCUACACCCACAUCUACAUCUACAUCCACGCCCACGAUCUCAACUUCUACAACUCAGGCUUCUGGAUCGCGUAAGGGGAAAUCCCGUACCUCAACCAAUCAACCUGCGCAUGGCUCUGGCUCGUCGAAUGUUCUCGCCGAGACGAUUGACAUCUCUGACUCCGAUGACGAGUCAUCGCAACCACCGCCCACACGCAAACGUCCACGCGGCACUCCCAAUGAGGUAGACAUCGAUCUUGUGGAAGCAGAGCAACGUGCAGCCAGACGCCGGCGCACAGGCGGCGGUGGUAGUCUGGUUCCGAGUGUUUCUAGAGGCUCUAGAGGAAGUGGAAGUAUUGUGGGAGCUGAUGAAGUCAUUGUCAUUGAUGAUUAG